AUCAAACCUUUUCCAUAUAGACAUAAGAAAUAAAACUAUGUGACAAACUCUUAAUCCGUCCUGUAAGUCUCCAAAUGUAUAAAUCCGGCAGCGGAAUGUCAUAAAAAUGUCCACUCACGAGUAUAAAAGCAUAUCAGCUGUUCUUGCGUUUACCAAACCAAGUUUAUUUGGAACUUUUGCUUUUAAUUUGAAAGUCAGACACCACGUUUCCGGUCAUAUCUCUGCUGUUUUAUCAUAGCUGGAGCUGGACGCAGCUGUCUGCGCAUCCAUCCAUCCAGAUGAGCGGUUUCCUCCCGGUCACAGACGCUCCGCGGGGGCUCAAACCACCAAUCAGAUCAAUCUGACGCUGGAUGCAGACUUAAUUAAUUGCACUGCUUCUUCUGGGGUCUUGUAAGGGUCUGUCCUCAAUUACAGUUUCUCUGCUUUAAGGCGCAACUGACUCCAAACGCGCAGAAGAUGACUUCGUUGACUCUGGCACUGGCUCUCCCAGUGAUCCUCCUACAGGUCUCUGAAACCUCCGCUCAUUACUACGAGAUGAUGGGAUCCUGUCGCAUGGUUUGUGACCCGUACACCCCCAAACCGGGAGGUGCCACCGCUAUGGAGGUGAUCCACAACAUGAACGAUGUCGAACCGCAGCCCCCGAUGGCGCAAGGGAGCCGCGGGGAGCCGGGGCGGCCGGGUAAACCGGGACCAAGAGGUCCGCGGGGAGAACCGGGACCUCCGGGUGCGAGGGGGGCACCAGGAGGGCGCGGUGAUGCUAAACUCACCUUCCCUGCGGUUACUGGAACUGAUAAGAGCGAGACAGACGACGUGAACACAACGGCGAACAGUUUUAGGAUCGCCUUUUACGUUGGACUGAAGAGUCCACAUGAAGGGUAUGAGGUGUUGAAGUUUGACGACGUGAUCACAAACUUGGGGAACCACUACGACGCCAGCACCGGAAAGUUCACCUGUCAUGUGUCAGGGAUCUACUUCUUCACCUACCACGUGUUAAUGCGGGGAGGGGAUGGGACCAGCAUGUGGGCCGACCUGUGCAAGAACGGACAGGUAUAAACAAUUUUAAAGCUCCUGUAUAAGGUUUUUGACAUCAACCAAUUGGACUGAAAUUCAUACUGAAGUUUGCUCAUUAUCUGCAAAAGCAAACAAGAUCAUUUGUGACAAGAUUGACUAUUUCUGCAUCAUGACUUUUAAUGUCUGAAUAUGGUGUGAGGGGGUAGAUGUCAGCCAAUCAGCUUAAGAAACAGCCAAAUUUUUCUCAAUAUCCAAAUAAAAUACUCACGAUUUAUGAUACAUUUGGCUGUCAAGAUAAAACUUAAAUUAAAACUAAUCUCCAGUAGAAGCCCACUUAUAGAAAUGAGUUUUAAAACAAGUUUUUAAAAAUGGAUAAUGAGGUAGUCUGAUCCAGAGAGUAGGGGGCCUUGAUUUCAAGGGAUAUUCCGGCGUAAAUUUGAAUUAGGGUCAAACACACCAUAACAUCGAGGAGACACCCCCUUGAGAGAUGAAUGUUGCCAACCGCUUGCUUCUCUAGUUUUACCAACUUUAGUUACAACCGCACGAUAGCAAUACACAGCAGUCCCAGGAGCCACAAACAAACCUUGGCCAAAGCGCCACUCUAUAGCCACAAAUAAUGCUCAGCUACUCUCCUCCAGCAGCCUCUUGUUUGUAGCGAGACCUUGGGCCAGUCAAUUACGGACUACAACGGGGUGAUGCAACUUAAGGAAGAACAUUUAUGGUCAUUUCUUCAUGGAAAUGCAAUCAGAAGCUAAGGCAGAAGAACCACCGUGUCUGCAGUGCAAAAUGAUUAAUAUGAUGAUUAUUACUUCAAGGAAAUGAUAAAGUAAUGAUCAUAAAUGUUCUUCCUUGAGCUGCAUCACCCCACAGCAGUCCGCAAUGGACUGGCCUGAGGUCUUGCUACAAACAAGUGGCUGCUGGAAGAGAGUAGGUGAGUUGUGUUCAGUCUCUUCGCUAAAGAAAUCAGGCAAAGCUAAAAAGAUGUUUGGUGGCUAGUACUAUGGCUAGGACCCUAUAUACUGUAUAUACUUUUGAUGAAGUUAGGUGCUGUUCUGAGCAUUAUUUGUAGCUAUAGAGUGGCGUUUUGGUUGAGGUUUGUUUAUGGCUCCUUAGACCGCUGUGUAUCGCUAUCCUGCGGUCGUUACAAAAGUUGGUAUAACAUAUAAGAGAAGUAAGCGGUCGGCAACAUUCAUCUCUCGAGGGGGUGUCUAACUCGGUGUUACGGUGUGUUUAACCCUAAAUUAAUUUUAUGCCGGAAUAUCCCUUUGAAAAGCCUUGGUUCUGGAUUGCAAAGUGAUCAGCAGACCUUUGGCUGAGCACCACCAGGUACAACCAGGUUUGUAAAGCGUAAGGAGUUUAGUCAUGUACUUGGAUACUUGUAAUUGGCAAGUCCGGAUAGUGCUUUAAAGCAAUCAUUGAGAUCUUAAAAUCAACUCUAAAAAGAACUGGGAGCUAAAAUAGGGGUGAUGAGAUUUGAGCCAGGUUCUUCUGGCUAACAGGAAGUUACAGCUGGAUGUCAUCAGCAAAUGAUGAAAAUGAAAAUCAAUUCCUUCUCUGUGGAUCACAUGACCCAGAGGCAACACAUUAACUGAAAACGGAAGUGGUCCCAGAAGUGACCCCUGAGGUACCCCACAGGAUAAACUAACACUGCAUGACUGUGAGUUUCCAAUGGCAACUUUGCAUGUUAAGUUCUUUUUCUACAGUUUGCUCAUUGCAGCGAGUCUUGUCUUCUUUUAUCCCCAGGUUCGAGCCAGCGCCAUAGCUCAGGAUGCCGACCAGAACUACGACUAUGCCAGCAACAGUGCUGUGCUCCACUUGGACUCUGGAGAUGAGAUCUUUGUCAAACUGGACGGGGGGAAAGCUCAUGGAGGCAACAACAACAAGUACAGCACCUUCUCUGGUUUCAUCUUAUACCCAGACUGAACACGCCAGCGCAGAUCCAUGGACAGAAACUCUCUGUGAUGUUUUUAUUGACCUAGAGAGUCCAGUAUGUUUAAGUCUUUCAGUGAACAGUUUAUCAGCAACUUAUCAGCCAGUUUAGUUUGGGAACCGUAAUGCUGUGAACUGUGCAGAACUCUUUACGAUGUUUCGGGUCAAAAAGCUGUAUUGUAUUUUCAACUUGUGUUUGGUGCAAAUGUAAAAAUUCUUUUUGUGUGACAAGACUAUGAAACUAUUUAAUCCCCAGACAAUUAUCCAGCAUCGAAUUCCCUUUUUUUCUUUGCUGUAUUAGGAAGUUGUGGACAUACUACUUGUUCGGGCACAACAUUUGAAAUAAAAUGAGACAUCUUUGGUUUGUCUAGACCCCUGAGAAAUUGUAAGACGGCAUUGUUUUCAUUUGUUUUGGAUAUUUCAUGAAUUAAAUCAUGAACUUGAUCAAAGACAAAACCUGUUUUAUUCCACUUGUUUUAAAGCCAGUUUUAAAGCCAGUCACUGUUCGCUCCUGUGUUUCACUUUUGAUUAAUUUGUAUUGUGACUUGCAAAUGUUUACCGUGCUGCAAAACUCAAUUAAGAUCCUGGCUUUUAAAAGUGUUUGAUUCUUUUUUUAUUCCCUGUCAUCAGAGACACACAAAAUCCAGCUGUUAACACUCAACUGCUUUCAAUUUAAAUGGAAAUCGUUCAAAACAAAUAUUGAUACAUCUGGUUGGAUAAACAGCUAUUUCAGUAUGGGCUUAUCACUCUGCUCGACAAACAUAUUUUCUUCUCCUCAGAUGGGAUUGUUGUCUUCAUGGAGCUGCUCGCAGGGAAAGAUAUUAAUAGUUGUCCUUAAAACGUUCUGACAGAGAUGGUGCAGCUUUUGUAAAUAGUUUUUUUUUAAGGACUAAUACAAAACUUCACAUGUUAUACAAUCAUAAAAAACUGCUGAUAUAUCAAAUGUGACUGUAUAUUUGGGAUUUUCUUAAAGCAGUGAAUAAUGAUUCAGUCGAAUGCUGACUCAUCUGUCAGUCUGCACUUCUUAAAUUACAUAUCUCUUGGGGUUUAAUCGGCCAAAUGAGGGAAUGGGGAGGUAGACAGGAGAAAAGGGACUAAAAGGAAGUAGGAAGACAAAUGUCUCAUCUUUAUUUCCUCAUAUACGCAAAGUGAACCAAAAGAAAUGAGGAAAAAAUAAGCAGCUUUUUAAGAUUUCUACUCAUUUCAGGGUGUAUUACACAGCAUUUGUCAUGCUCUGAUAGUUAAAUAGCUUCAGCCUGGUGUUGUUGUUACAUUUACCCACUAAAUAUUAAUAAUAUGCUGAAGUCAAACGAGCUGUUUCCACAUUUUCCCAGUGCUGAUUACAAUAAAAAAUAACUGACACUGUUCAGCACGUUGUAAUGACUUGUCCAACUAUUUAGUAUCGUAC